GCGUCAUUCAUUAAUAUCAAUUAGAGCAAUGUGGUCGCUCGCUAUAGAGUAGAGAAAAAUGAAAAUAUAAAAUUAGAGCAUUUAACAAGUGAAACCAUUGCAAAGUGUAGUUGCGUACGCUGUCUGAAUCCCAGCACUAGAAUAAAUCAGCAUGUACGUAAAUACAUAAAUAUAAUAUUCUUGGACAGGAGGGGAACAUAAACGAAACUAGAAAAUGCAUAUUCAUCCCAGUUCACCAAAUUACGAUUUUAAUCAAGCAGUCCAGGCUGAAGAAAAUGCAGCCAUCAAAAUUCAGGCUGGAUUUCGUGGAUACCGGGUAAGAAAACAGAUGCAACAAAACUCAAAAACUAUUACACCCAAUGGCUACCAACAAAGUCAGCAGCCUAUUUCGCAAAGUAGCAAUGUAGCCUCAAGUUCCAGCAACUCAAUGCAAGAUAUAAACAAUUCUACUGUAGAGGAUCGAUGUGCAACCAGAAUACAAGCAGGUGUAAGAGGAUUCUUGGUGCGCAAAAAACAAAAAAUUGCUUCUGAAGCGGCAACAAAAAUACAAGCAAGCUUUCGUGGCUUUAAAGUGCGCAAGGAGACACAAAAUUUAAAACAGAAAUAACUAAAAAAGAACAAAAAAAAAAAAAUUCCCGUCAUUCAAUGUUCAACAGUAUAUAAAACUGCUGUUUGUCAUUUAAUUGACGUCAUUUAAACAUAAGUUCCAAUUUUCUCAUUGAAUCAUCAUUUAAAUGUUGCCUUUUUCUCUUAGUACGUCAGCAAAAUAAUAAAUUAUUUCUAGUAUACUCGUAUAUAAAUAUAAAUUCACAUACAUACGUAUAUAUACCUAUACACGUAGAUGUUAGAUACAAGAAUUUUGUUUAUGAAUAUCAAUAAAUGUGCAUUAUAAAGAUGUUCUAGUAUACAUAAAUAUAUAUGCAUAUACAUACGUAGAUUAAGAAUUUCCUAUUUUAAAUCAUCUUACGUAGAAAUACAUUAAGACUUUAAGACGUCAUCAAUAAAUAUGGAUGAAAUUUGACAUAA